AUGCGAGUAAUUCUACAGAUAGUUUUCGUUGUCAUAGCCUUAGCUGGUAUACAUUUUGCUGAAGCGUCAAGUUCCAGCAAUAGACAAAAACGGUGUCGACGUCUGCCUUUUCUAGCUAAUGGAAAUGUGCUACAAAAUGGACGGACAAAUAUAAGGUAUGAAUGUAACCUUGGGUACAAGUUGAAGGUUUCUGGUGUCUGUCGACGUCGGUCGUGGCUUCCAAAUGUCAUUUGUGAAGAAAUACAAUGUAAAGCCGAUCCGGUUAUACCAAAUGGUUCUCUCGACUCUAGUAUAACUUCAAGAAAAUUUGAUGCAAAAUAUACUUUUACAUGUAAUGCUGGAUUUAAAGGAAUGGGAAAAGUAAAAUGUAAUAAGCUUGGAAUUUGGGAAGUUAAUGGUAAUUGUGAAAAAAUACUGGAUCUGUGUAAAGACGACCCAGUUAUACAGAAUGGUACUCUCGACACUAAUAUAACUUCAAGAGAAUUGGGUGCAGAAUACACAUUUACUUGUAAUGCAGGAUUUAAAGGAAUGGGAAAUGUUAAAUGUAAUAGUUUGGGAAUCUUUGAAGUUAAUGGUAAUUGUGAAGAUUGUUUUUUAGUAUCCAAAAUAUUAUUGGUAACAGAAGAAAAAGCGGCCACUCUCAGUGGCGUCACCGAAGACGAAUGCACUGACCAGCAAUAUAUUGAUAGAAAUUUUACCGAUUGUGGGACGGCUUUUGUUUUAAAUGAUUGUACAGUUUUUCUGUUACCAUUGAUCGAUAUAUAUUUAGCUGACACUUUAGCUGAAUGUAAACAAUUAUGCAUUGCUGCUGCUAGCUGUCUUCUUUUCUCUUAUGCUCCAGAAAGUGUGCUAUGUUUACUAUUUGACUCGCUUUCCGAUGAAUCCUUUACCUUUCAAGAUUUCCCUAAUGCAUCUACCCAGGAGAGAGACUGUCAAGUUUAA